AGGGGGGAGCGGGAGGGGAAGCAGAGGAGGCGAGCGAGGCAUCAGCCCGCAGCCCGCCCCCGGCACAUCCUCAGAAGAGCAGACACUCGGCCGGCCGCUGGGCGAGGUGGAGGUGAGGGCGGGCGCCAGCGAACUCGGAGAGCCGCGCGCACACUCGCGGGCGAUCCCUGCCGCCGCCGCACCCGCAGCAGCACCAGCAGCACCGGCCGCGGCCGCUUCCUGCCUCGCACUCCCCUCGAGAGACUGGCCAAGCGGGUGUAGCUGCCUGGGGUGGCUCCCGCUAAGGGAACCGGGCGAGGACAAGAGCCGGGAGGCUAGCUGCCUCCCACUCCGCCUGUCCAGCGGUCGGUGUCUGCCCGCGUGUGUGUCCCGGGUGCUGGGGGAACCUGUGUCAGUUUGCGCCACUGAGAUCACACAGCUGCCUAGGGGCCGUGUAAUGCACAGGGCAAGUCUUCGCUUUCAUUUUUAUUAUUAUUACUAUUUUACGCUUGGCUUUCGGGAAACCCUCGUGAUGUUGUAGGAUAAAGGAAAUGACACUUUGAGGAACUGGAGAGAACAUACAGGCUUCUGGGUUUGAAGAGGAAACCGGUCCCCGCUUCCCCCAGCUUGCUCCCUCUUUGCUGAUUUCGGGAGCUAUCACCCAGUGAGGUGGGGAUUCCAGCAAGAAUUAAAGGUGAAGACAGACUGGCCACCAGGACCAAGGAGGGAAACGCUGAUCAUUAGAGACCUUUGCAGAAGACACCACAAGGAAGAAAAUUAGAGAGAGGAAAACCACAAAGACAUAAUUAUACGAGAUUCCACAAACCUGGCCCCGGAGAAAGCCUCUCUUUCAAAAAAUGGAUAUGCUCCCUCUUACCUGGGUUUUCUUAGCUCUGUACUUUUCAGGACACAGAGUGAGAAGUCAACCAGACCAACCCUGCGGAGGUCGACUGAAUUCCAAGGAUGCUGGCUACAUCACCUCCCCAGGUUACCCCCAGGACUAUCCCUCUCACCAGAACUGUGAGUGGGUUGUGUACGCCCCCGAACCCAACCAGAAGAUUGUCCUCAACUUCAACCCUCACUUUGAAAUCGAGAAGCAUGACUGCAAGUAUGAUUUCAUUGAGAUUCGGGAUGGGGACAGUGAGUCAGCUGACCUCCUAGGCAAACACUGUGGGAACAUCGCCCCACCCACCAUCAUCUCCUCUGGCUCCAUGUUAUAUAUCAAGUUCACGUCAGACUAUGCCCGGCAGGGGGCAGGUUUCUCCCUACGCUACGAGAUCUUCAAAACAGGCUCUGAAGAUUGUUCCAAGAACUUCACAAGCCCCAAUGGGACCAUUGAAUCUCCUGGCUUUCCAGAGAAGUAUCCACACAAUCUGGACUGCACCUUCACUAUCCUGGCCAAACCCAGGAUGGAGAUCAUCCUGCAGUUCCUGACCUUUGACCUGGAGCAUGACCCUCUACAAGUGGGAGAAGGAGACUGCAAAUAUGACUGGCUGGACAUUUGGGAUGGCAUUCCACACGUUGGCCCUCUGAUUGGCAAGUACUGCGGGACCAAAACCCCCUCCAAACUCCGCUCGUCCACAGGGGUCCUCUCCCUGACCUUCCACACGGACAUGGCAGUGGCCAAGGAUGGCUUCUCCGCACGCUACUACUUGGUCCACCAAGAGCCUCCUGAGAACUUUCAGUGCAAUGUUCCUCUGGGAAUGGAGUCCGGACGGAUCGCUAACGAGCAAAUCAGUGCCUCAUCCACUUUCUCCGACGGAAGGUGGACUCCUCAGCAGAGCCGGCUCCAUGGUGAUGACAAUGGCUGGACACCCAAUUUGGAUUCCAACAAGGAGUAUCUCCAGGUGGACCUGCGCUUCCUAACCAUGCUCACGGCCAUUGCAACACAGGGGGCUAUUUCCAGGGAGACCCAGAAAGGGUACUAUGUCAAAUCGUACAAGCUGGAGGUCAGCACGAAUGGGGAGGACUGGAUGGUCUACCGGCAUGGCAAAAACCACAAGGUCUUCCAAGCUAACAACGAUGCGACUGAGGUGGUUCUGAACAAGCUCCACACGCCCCUGCUGACAAGGUUCGUCAGGAUCCGCCCACAGACGUGGCACUUGGGCAUCGCCCUUCGACUGGAACUCUUUGGCUGUCGAGUCACAGAUGCACCCUGCUCCAACAUGCUGGGGAUGCUCUCAGGCCUCAUCGCUGAUCCCCAGAUCUCUGCCUCCUCCACCCGAGAGUACCUCUGGAGUUCCGGUGCUGCCCGCCUGGUUAGCAGCCGUUCUGGCUGGUUCCCUCGGAACCCUCAAUCCCAGCCAGGUGCAGAGUGGCUGCAGGUGGACUUGGGGACACCCAAGACAGUGAAAGGCGUCAUCAUCCAGGGAGCCCGUGGAGGGGACAGCAUCUCUACCAUGGAAGCCAGGGCAUUUGUACGAAAGUUCAAAGUCUCCUACAGCCUAAAUGGCAAGGAUUGGGAAUAUAUCCAGGAUCCCAGGACUCAGCAGCCAAAGCUGUUUGAAGGGAACAUGCACUAUGACACUCCCGACAUCCGAAGGUUCGAUCCAGUUCCGGCACAGUACGUGCGGGUGUACCCAGAGAGAUGGUCACCAGCAGGCAUUGGGAUGAGGCUAGAGGUCCUGGGCUGUGACUGGACAGACUCAAAGCCCACAGUGGAGACACUGGGCCCCACCGUAAAGAAUGAAGAAACUACCACCCCAUACCCCAUGGACGAGGACGUCACGGAGUGUGGGGAGAACUGCAGCUUUGAGGACGACAAAGAUUUACAACUCCCUUCCGGAUUCAACUGCAACUUUGAUUUCCCUGAGGAGCCCUGUGGUUGGAUGUAUGACCAUGCCAAGUGGCUCAGAAGCACCUGGACCGGCAGUGCCAGCCCCAAUGACCGAACAUUUCCAGAUGACAAGAACUUCUUGAGACUACAGAGUGACAGCCAGCGAGAGGGCCAGUAUGGGCGGCUCAUCAGCCCACCGGUGCACUUGCCCCGAAACCCUGUGUGCAUGGAGUUCCAGUACCAAGCGACAGGCGGCCACGGGGUGGCACUGCAGGUGGUCCGGGAAGCCAGCCAGGAAAGCAAACUCCUUUGGGUCAUCCGUGAGGACCAGGGCAGUGAGUGGAAACACGGCCGCAUUAUCCUGCCCAGCUAUGACAUGGAGUAUCAGAUCGUGUUCGAGGGAGUGAUAGGGAAAGGACGAUCGGGAGAGAUUGCCAUCGACGACAUCCGGAUAAGCACGGACGUCCCCCUGGAGAACUGCAUGGAACCCAUCUCAGCUUUUGCAGGUGAGGAUUUUAAAGUGGACAUCCCAGAACUCCAUGGGGGAGAAGGCUAUGAAGAUGGAAUUGAUGAUGAGUAUGAGGGAGACUGGAGCAACUCUUCUUCCCCUACCUCGGGGGCUGGUGGCCCUUCAUCUGGCAAAGAAAAGAGCUGGCUGUACACACUGGACCCCAUCCUCAUCACCAUCAUCGCCAUGAGCUCGCUGGGCGUCCUGCUCGGGGCCACCUGCGCGGGGCUCCUGCUCUACUGCACCUGCUCCUACUCGGGCCUCAGCUCACGCAGCUGCACCACACUGGAGAAUUACAACUUUGAGCUCUACGACGGCCUCAAGCACAAGGUCAAGAUGAACCAGCAGAAGUGCUGCUCAGAGGCGUGACUGGUUGCACCUGAGCCGCGUCUGACCCUUCACUGCAGUGAGAGGAGCUAGCGAAGAAUACAUUUUUUUCCCCCUUGGAAACUGAAUGCCAUAAAAUCUCAAUCAAACUGAUCCAGAAUACUGAAGGUAUGGACAGGACAGUCUAGGGAGAGAGUGAGAUGCAGCCAGGAGGGAGAUUGUCGCCCACCAGGGACUGUGGUGGCCAAGUUAAUGACAGGAAUCGGGCUGCGUCCUCUGUGGGGAUGGACAGGAACGUAUCUCUUUGGAGUCACAGUUCUAUUCAUUUGUGGGUUCGUUAUGAUUAUGAUUGCAUUGUUACAUUUUAUCUUUUUGGUCUGUGAGCAACUCAAAGAGGCAGAAGAGAAUGAGUUAUCCAGUGGGGACGUGGAGAGAGGGUUGGGAUCCCCUCCUCUCUCUGAUCAACACUUGAAAAGCGAAAGGUCUUUCCCGCCCUUCCAUCUUGAGAAACAAAACUUAAACAAAAGCCAUCCAGCUUAGCUCACCCUCAGAUGGUCUCACAGUUGAAGAGACUUGUUGGGCUGUGUUCGGAUUCUGCCAGCCAACCCAAGGAGCUGCCAUUUCCAGUCCUAGCAUAUUGAAGUAGGAUGUUAUUGCCUUUAGCUUUUUUUAAUCCAGGGGAAGAUUGCCAUUUUAGGGUCAGCCUGAAUAAUUCUUUCUUAUAUACAAUUUAAAAUAAACCAGAACAGAAACUUCACAUGCCAGAGUCCAUAGACACACCUCUAUGGUCAGACACAGACAAGCCUUAAAAUGCUUUGAUGACUGGGGCCAUUCGUUAAUCUAAACCCAGAGUUUGUGACUGUGGGGUGUCCCUUUGUGGGGCCUCUGCUGGUGGCUUUGCCUUUUCUUUUUCCUAUUUGUUCUUCUACAACAUAUACGUAUAUUCACAUAUGCACACAGCAUGCACACGCGCACCCACACACACACACACAGCACACACACACACAGAGUUGAGAGAAGGAGAAAGGUUUUUCUCUACUCUCUGGUCUCGGAGCGGGGUGGGAAGUCAAGCUGUCAGUGUGUUUCCUUCUGACCACUAGAUGGAAAGAAGAGCAAAGGAGGAGGAACAAGAACCCAGCUGUUUUGGGAAGACUGAGCAAUGCUGACAGAGACAUUUUGUCGACUCGGUCUCCUUGCUAGGUUGAUGGCACUGAUUUCUUGUGGGGAGACUCCAUCCUGGCAGGGCUGUGAGCACAGUGGCAUCAUGAGUCACUGCUACCCACAAGUCCACAAGUGUUGUGCAUCAAGUCGUCACCACACUGCUUCAACCUCAGGAAGACCAGUUCUUAUUUGUACACGUAUGUGCCAUGAAUACAGACACACACGCGCGUGCAUGCACACACACACACACACACACACACACACACAUACACACAGCAGUUUAUAUGUUUUUUAUUAAGUGCCUUGAAAAAAAAAUGAAGACAAACCUAUUUUCCCUCUGGGUAGGAAUGACGACUGUCUCACAAGUUAAGGAAUUCCGCCUUCUCUCACCCCUGUGACUCCAUUCCCAGCUCCCCUACCCACCGCUGACCCACAGCGGGAUGAAUCCUGCUACCUGGGGAAAAUCAGACCCUAGAUGACUCCUGAAAGGGAGGUAUGAAGAACAGAAUGAAACUGUGUGAAAGAAAAGAUUGUCCUCAAGAUCCAAAUCUUGACUUUGUGUUAAAAUGCCUACAGAUCGUCUGUGCCCUAGAAAUACAUUAUAGACCCUGCCAGUCUGCCCCGACCGUUGCAUAUCAGUGGGAAACUGUCUCGCUAUUUUUGCUGCUGUGGCCACUCACAAUUUCAUUUGUCUUGAACCCAGGCAAAUGAAGUCGGGUGAGUGGGACUGGCUGGUUCCUUUAAAUGUUAACUUAUGAAAAUGCUAGUUCAGAUGGUGAUGUCACAGUGUUUUGUACGCAGAGAGGGAACAGCCAUAGCGACAGCUGUUUACCCACAUGUGUGUGUCUUUGCGCGCCUUUGGGUCUCUGUGUCUACUGUGUAUGUGAAUGGUCACGUGGAACUCAGUGGUGGUGUUGUGACUUUGACCCAGAGCCUGAGUGUCACUGCUGAUCUUGGCACUCAUUGGCACGGUGGUAGAGGUGAAAAGUUAAGCUUUUAAGCCCUGGGGGCUUAGUGUUAGAUGCCCUCUGAGCUGGGCACACAGUAGAAGAAAGUCUGUAUUAGCUCAUUCUCCUCUUUACCCCGCCUGCCCCCAAUGCAGCUAGAAUACAGAACGUUGAGAGGUUGCAGAGAAGAGAAGUUCAAAGGCCCACUCUGGGAGCCCGGGACCUCUCAUCACCAUUUCACUCUAAUUCCCCAAAGACCAGCUCCGUUUACAGCCUGCAGUUCUAAGUUAUGUGCAGCUUAACCUGCAUCCCUCUACAAGUCCUGCAUUCAUUUCUCCUUGGCUGAUUUGAGGCUCUGAGUGGUCCCUGAGGGCUAAACAGAAACAGGGUCCCCAGGGCUACAAGUAGAUACCUCACCAAGGCUGGAGGCUGGUCUGUCGUAAGAUGUAAAGAAAGAUGGCUGGGUCUGAUUCUGACUUGACCAGGGGACACCUUGGUGCAUUGGUUGUCUUUAUCUGCAGAUAGGCUAACUGGCCCAUCUCCUUGAAUUGUUCCCUUUGGGAAACCUAACUCACAGUAUUGAUGUCCUUUUUGCCUUGUACUGAAUGACAUAUUACCUCCACGCUCUCCCGGACUAGGCGGUCCACAGGACCACAGGGUUGCUUGCUCUCUUUGGUGGGGAUGGGGAGUUCACAGGGAUGAGGGUCCAAGGAAUGGGCAUGAAUGACAAAAACGGGCGGGGGGGGAAGUUAAGCUUUUCCAGGAUGUGCAGUUUUUGGCCACUUGCUGGCUGAGCCAGAUCACGGAAACUCGAGAGAUUUUACUGUGAUUCUACAAUGUAAAAAAUAAACAAUGUCAAACUGUGUUUAUAUUAUUUGUAUAAAGCCUUUUUAAGAUUACUAUUUAAAUAAACAUUAUGCCAUAA